GUCCUUCUUGAGCGCUCUGGACACAUCCAUACUAUCACCUGCUUUGCCAACGAUUGCAUCUGCGCUGCAUUCCCGAGACUUGUAUGUUUGGGCAGUGAAUGCCUUCUUGUUGGCGUGCACCGUCACAAGUCUCAUCUGCGCACACAUUUCCAAUCUAUUCGGUCGGCGAUUCGUGAUGAUUACCUCAAUAACGCUGUUCGCUAUCGGGAGUGCUUUCUGCGGUGCUGCGCCAUCCACCGCGGUUCUGAUACUCGGGCGUGCAAUCCAGGGCAUAGGAAGCGGUGGCAUACUCACCAUGUCUUCCUUGAUCAUGUGCGACAUAGUGCCGGUCAGAGAGCGUGGCCUGUACAACGGCUUUAUCAAUGUAGCGUGGACAGUAGCGACUGUGAUCGGACCUUCAGUUGGGGGUGCGUUCACCCAGCAUGUUUCCUGGAGAUGGAUGUUCUGGAUCAAUCUCCCAGCAUCCGCCAUUGCAAUUGCGAUUGCAGUCAAAUACCUUCGAGUCAAGCAUCCAUCCCAAGGCACGGUACGGCAACGCUUGGCUUGUAUUGACUGGUAUGGCGGGAUUCUCUUCACCGGAUCGACGACCUCCGUGCUCCUGGCGAUAAGCUGGGCUGAUAGUCGAUAUGAAUGGUCGUCCUGGCGCGUCCUGCUCCCCUUACUGCUUGGUUCCCUCGGCAUCGCCGGAUUUGUCGUGUUCGAGGCAGCGAACAGGAGCCGGAAUGAUGCUUUGAUGCCUCUCCGAAUCUUUGCAAAUCGCACAUCGGCCACUAUCUUCGCUCUGACUUUCCUGCAGGCCAUGCUGCUGUACUGGCUCAUCUACUUUUUGGGUGUCUACAGCCAAGGAGUUCUAGCGGUGUCACCAAUGCGAGCCGCUGUAUUGGCCCUUCCAACAAGUAUCUUGACGGCUCCUGCUGGCAUCUUAGCAGGGGUGCUUGUUGCAAAAACAGGUCAAUACCGGUUCUUCCACUUUGCAGGCUUUGCACUACUGAUGAUCGGAUUCGGCUUGCUUCUUCUUCUGGACGCGAGUUCUCCAGUCAGUUAUCUGCUUGGCUUCCAGGUUCCCUUCGCGCUUGGAUUCGGCGUCCUUCUUACGAGCUGUCUUCCAGCCGCUCUAGCGAGCCUUACAGAAGAUGAUGUUGCUGCAGCGGUGGGAUUUACCACAUCUACACGCAAUUUCGGUUACAUGUGGGGUGUCGCCAUCGCGGCUGCGAUUUUCGAAGAUCGCGUCGAAUCCCUGGCGGAUAGCAUCUCCGACACUUCAUUGAAACAGGCGCUAUCGCAUGGACAAGCGUAUUCAAGCGCGACCAAAGCUUUCAUGGACUCUUUGCGGGAGAGCCCACAGGCGCUUGCUGUGGCCAAGGACGUUUUCGUCUCGAGCCUUUUGAGGGUCUGGCAAGGUGCGCUCGCUUUUGCUGGCGCAGGGUUCCUGCUUUGCUUCAUUGUGCGCACUCUGCCCUUGCGCAAGACACUCCAGACGAAGUACGGUGUAGACUCGACGCGAGCGAGGAAUAGCUCGAGCACCUGA